AUGAGCGAUGCUAGAUUACAUGUUCAGAUAAACGAUUACGAUACAUAUCAGACACAUUCACUGAAGCUAGAUCAAUUGUAUAAUGAUGUUGUUCAGGUUCCUAUCAUAAGGAUUUUUGGGUCGUUGGUUGUGGGCAUAGAUGAUGGCGAUGGCGAUAGAGAAAACGCCGAUGAUAGUCAUACGAAACAUGGCGAUGCUAAACAUGCGGAAAAAGCCCUCUCGUAUAAUGUUCUAGUGCAUGUUCACAAUUACUACCCGUAUUUGUAUGUUGAUUGUUUUGAGGAUGAGGCAUUGUUGAGAUCAAAAGAUUAUAUAGGUCAAUUGGAAGAGUAUCUUGAAAAGAGCUUGCAGCAGUCCUUUCUGCGAAAGAAAGGUGACGAGGAAGAAGAGGUAAUAAACUUGAAUACCGAUUCGGGCCUGGGUAAAAGAAAAUUUAUUGCUAAGGUGGCAAUAUGUAAAGCUUCACCAAUAUACGGGUAUCAAAUUGGCUACAAGCUAUUUUACAAAAUCUCGUUGCUUUCUCCUUUGUACAAAACAAGGCUAACUAACCUUUUUCAAGACAAGCUUAUCAAUAUCUGCGACUUCAGCUCUAGUUUUGACAGAGGGACGAAGAAGUCGUAUGCGGUGAACGUAUACGAAGCGCACAUUCCUUAUUUACUUCAGUUUUUAACUGAUUUUAAUUUGUUUGGGUGUGGUUGGUUGGAAAUAAACAAUACUUAUUUAAGAUACCCUAUUCUAAAUGACAAUACCAACAUAGAUACGGCGCAUCUUAAGUCGUAUUUGCGACCAUUCAUCAAACCUAACAAUAUUCUUGAUAGUUUUAAUUUUGCUCGAAUUGGCAGAUCCUUGUUAGAAUUUGAUAUCACAACCGAGAACAUACAUAAUAGAAGUUAUAUUAAACAACGGCAUUUACACAAUGACUUCGUUGAGAAUCGUCGUUUCAAUUCAGGAAUACCUAACAGUGAGAUACAUUUAUCGUCGCUAAAUCAUAUCUAUAAGGAUUUGAAAUAUCAAUGUGAAUCAAGGGGCUCAAAGAUGACUGAGUCACAGUUUUCACAGAAUAACUUAGGCUUGGGUGGGACGUCUUGGGAAAAUCAAUCUGAUUUAGAAGAUUUGAUGAGCUAUGUAAUUUCUCUAACAAAGCCUGCUCCUACAGAAAAAUUAGAUGAAUAUUUCAAGCGAUUUAUUGAAUCUGAUAAAUUUUCUAAAUUUUCAACAGCAUUUGAUUUAAUUGAUAUAGAGAAGGUCACUAAUUCUUCAGGUGGUAUAUCAUUGUUGAAUUUCAACGACGAUCUAAUGAAGUGGACUGUUUAUCUGUCGUUGUUUGAAGAUCUGAUUAUGUCCAAAGAUAUUUCUAAACAGGAAGAAAAUGAUGUCAUUCAUAGUGAUAUUAUCGAAGCCAAAUCCAAAUCUUCGUUGGGUAUAGAUUUUGAUAGUGAUGAUUUCACAGAUUCUGAACAAAUUAACCCAAAUGAUGGAACUGAGGAAAGUGAUAUUGAUCUUGCAGAACAUGGUGGUGUUCAAAGCCAUCCUAAUCGAUCAGACCAUGAUAUAAUGUUUGAAGUAAGCCAGAGGAAGAGGAGGAGAACGUCUGCUUCUCAAGCAACAGAGGAAGGGCAAUCGGCUUUGCAAGUUCCUAGUUCACCACGUAAUUACUUCAGCAGAUUUGCAGAGUCGGAAGAAAGUGAUAAUCUUCCUGACCUAGUAGAUGUCCCUAUGAAUAGACACCUUUAUGAAAUUAUAAAGCCUCAUUUGUUAGAUCCCAAUCAUAUAAUGAAAAGUUUUGAUGAGCAACAUAUGUUGAAAGUUAUUUACGCUGACCCACACUAUGACAAGGAAUCAGACGUUCAGUCUAAGCCAAUGAUAUUCGCUAAUAAGAAAAUUAGUAUUCCUCUUAUAAAUUACAACACGAUUGAAGCCGUUAAAGUGACUGCAGGUUCUAAUUUAUUACCUAUGUCGUUGAUGAUUAAAAAAAGUCUAAGGGAUUCAAGUUCUUCAAAAAAUAAAGUAUGUGCAAGGAGCAUCUGUUCUUGGAAGUAUCUUAUUGAACCACCUCUGAGAGCAGAAAUUGAGAAAUGGGUUACUGUAGAGGAAGCUAAGAUGAAAUACAAGAGGUCUAAAUUCCGAUCUCAAAUUGAACCUCCGAUUACCCAAACCAAUGACUUUAAGUUUUCAUAUAGAUCGGAAAAAGUAUCACGUAAACCCAGCUCUUUCAACUCGCUAACUAAUUUCCAUAUAGAAAUCCAUGUUAAUACUUUUAAUGAUCUAUUACCUAACCCGAAUGUGGACCCUAUUACGAUGAUUUUUUAUACUUUCAGCGACUCGAACCAAAUGUUCCUCAAGAAUAAUGACAAAGUUGGCAUUUUGGUUUAUCUUGAACCAGGAUCUCUGACAGAUGAAUUUCAUAAGCAAUUAAGGAAGGUUUCAAGCUACCUUGUCGAAAAGCCUAUAGUCACGAUAUUUUUUGAUGAAAAAUCAAUGAUUGAUAAACUAAUUUGGCUUGUUGAAUGCUUUGAUCCGGACAUUCUAUCUGGGUAUGAGAUAAACGCAUCAUCUUGGGGCUAUGUUAUUGAACGGUUUCGAAAUAGUUAUGACAUAAAUUUAUUGUUUGAAUUGAGCCGUUGUAAGUUCAAAAGCAACGGCAAAUUCGGCGAUAGAUGGGGAUAUACUCAUACAUCUGCGUUCAAAAUUAAUGGGCGUCAUAUAUUGAAUUUAUGGAGGUUGUUGAAAUCUGAAUUAAGUCUUACAAAUUAUUCUUUGGAGAAUAUCUCAUAUCAUUUGCUUCAUCAAACGCUACCAAAAUACCUGAAUUUUCAGUUAAGUCAAUGGUAUUCUGGAAACAAUUUUCUGGAAUUGUUGUCUGUUUUCAAGUACUAUAUGAAAAGGGUUCAAUUAAUGAUGAAAAUUAUUGAUAUUCAAGAGUUGAUUACAAAAAAUGUUGAGCAAUCUAGACUAAUUGGAAUUGAUUUCAACUCUAAUUUCUAUAGAGGAUCCCAGUUUAAAGUUGAAUCUAUUUUAUGUAGGAUAACUAAGGCAGAGAAUAUAUUGCUAAAUUCAGUUUCAAAACAACAAGUUCAUGAAAUGAGGCUGUUAGAAUGUAUUCCAUUGGUUAUGGAGCCAGAUUCGAAUUUUUACAAGUCUCCUUUGGUAGUCUUAGACUUUCAAUCCUUAUAUCCAUCAAUUAUGAUUGCUUAUAACUAUUGUUAUUCCACAAUUUUAGGUAAGUUGCAUGGGUUCAGUCCAAAAAAGAACGUUAUUGGUUAUUUAAAAAACCUUAAAUUACCACCUGGCUUAGUUGAUUUAUUUGCCAAAAUCGAUGGUCUAAACAUUUCACCUAACGGUUAUGUUUUUGUUAAAUCGUCUAUUCGAAAGUCUAUGUUAGCCAAGAUGCUUGAGGAAAUUUUGAAUGCAAGAAUCAAUGUUAAAUAUGUAAUGAAGUUGUUUAAAGAUGAUCCGGAGCUAAUUAAAUUAUAUAAUUCACGUCAAUUAGCCUUGAAAUUAAUUGCAAACGUCACAUACGGAUACACUUCAGCGACUUUUAGUGGUAGAAUGCCAAAUUCUGAUAUCGCGGAUGCUAUUGUCUCAACUGGUAGAGAAAUUUUAACUCAGUCCGCAAGCUUAAUUGAACUGACACACUAUGGGGCGAAAGUUGUAUAUGGCGAUACAGAUUCUUUGUUUGUUUAUUUGCCUGGUAAGACUAAAAAAGAUGCAUUCAAAAUCGGCAAAGAGCUUGCAAGUUUUAUAACAGAUAGAUUCCCUGAUCCUAUAAAGCUAAAAUUUGAGAAGGUAUAUCACCCUUGUAUUUUGCUUGCCAAGAAACGGUACGUUGGUUAUAGUUAUGAAUAUGAAGAUCAGCAGGAACCGAAAUUUGAUGCGAAAGGAAUAGAAACGAUUAGAAGAGAUGGUAUACCAGCUCAGCAGAAAAUGGUUGAGAAGACAAUUAGACUAUUAUUUGAAACUAAAAAUUUGUCGCUAAUUAAGAAGUAUACAAUGGAACAAUUUUACAAGAUUUUAAUUAAUAAAGUUUCUAUAAAGGAUUUCUGCUUUGCUAAGGGGGUACGUUUUGGGACUUACAAAAAUGAGGCACAUUUACCGCCGGGUGCUAUUAUUGCAAAUAGAAAUGUGAAUAAGGACCCAAGAAAUGAACCGCAAUAUCGCGAAAGGGUUCCAUAUCUCAUUUUCCAAGAUUCAUCCAAACUUCGAAUAAGGGAUAGGUGCAUAUCACCUGAGGAUUUCAUUAAAUCAUACAACACUCUGAAACCUCUAAGCUUGGAUAAUGAAUACUAUAUUACAAGAGUUUUGAUCCCCCCUUUAGAACGUAUUUUUAACUUGAUUGGGGUAGAUAUCAAAGGUUGGUAUAAAGAGUUGCCCAAAUUCAGCAACGAACUAUUUGAAACGAAGACAAAUAUUUUCCAAUUUGCAAAGUUUAUAAAAUCAAACUCUUGUGCAUGUUGUGGCUCAAAAUUAGAAGAGCAUUCCAAGUCUAAAUUCAUUUGCUGUCAAUGUCUAAGCAACGAAUUAGAAUUAAUCGCAAACCUUUCUAUGUCCUCUAAAUUGGGAGAAUUUAAAGUAUUAUCCGCAGAUAAAACAUGUGAAAUGUGUGUCAAUAUGAAUUAUGAGGGUUUGGGGUCUAGAUCUAUUAGAAGCUGCAUGAAUGAAUGUGUUAAUCAUACCUGUCUGGUUUAUUAUAAUAAAAUCAGGGUAACAAAAGAAAAAGGGCAAUUAGACGAAAAGUAUUUACACGUAUUCAGUGACUUGGAGUGGUGA